AUGAGCCACAGCAAGAACAAACCUAAAGUAGAAGAGGAGGAAGCAUUCCUCGAACAGAUACCCCUCCACGAUGACGUCGCCUGGCCGCGAGAAAGGCGCUCCUGCAAGCCAACACGGUACUUAAGACUAACCCUCGAGAUCGCAAUGGCCGCCGCAAUAAUCAUCUUGCUCGUAACCCUCAUCCACUCACGCGUGGAAGAGAGACGAAGUCCAGUGCCAAAAUUCCCCCGCAAAACCUACACCUUCCUCCCCAACCCCCAAUACAUCCAAGAAAACAUGCUCUUCGACGAGCACGCCACGCUGCACACCCUGCACAACUGGAUCCCCCUAAGCGCCGACGCACGGGGGUACAUCCACCUGCCCACAUACACCUCCUACCCGACGCUCCCACCGCCGUUCACCGUCGCCAUAAACCGGACCUCAGAGGGGCCAGCGUACAUGAUGUCGGUAUUCCACCAGCUCCACUGCCUAUCGUACCUGAUCUCGCACUUCCAAGCCGGGUACGGGGGCGUCAAGUUAGAGGAGGAGGUGGCGCACCACUCGGCGCAUUGCUUUGACUAUAUACGGCAGUCGAUAAUGUGCGCGGCAGACACGAAUCUAGAGGGGGAGACGGAGGCCGGGCCGGGGUGGGGAUCGCCGCAUGAGUGUGUUGAUUACGAUGCCGUUCUAGCGUGGGCCAACGAGCAUGGGGCCGAGAGGUGGAGGAAUGGGCUUUUGCCUGGGGAGUCGAUAUUGUGA